AUGGAUCUGAAAACUGUCCUCCUCUGGCUGCUUCUAGUCCUGGUUGCUGCUUUGGCCUUAGUUUGCAUCUUAUUGCUUCCAAGUGAAAAACACACCAGCUGUGAUGACCAGAUGAAAGGCUCCCUGAAGCAUCCACACAGUGACCAGAGCUGGAUCUUUGCUGAUCUGACUCAAGAGGAGAUGAUCCAGGUGAUGCGGUACUUGAAGUCCAGCCUCGGGGUACAUUUAGAAGAUGCUUCUCAUGCCAGCCCUGCCGAUAACCUCAUUUAUUCCAUUGACUUGCAGCUGCCACCCAAAGCAGAGUCUCUCUUGUUCUUGGAUCAUGGCGGAAGCCGUCCCCUUCGGCAGGCACUGGUUGUUGUAUAUUUUGGAAACCAGCCAGAUCCAAAUGUCACAGAGUAUGUGGUGGGCCCGCUCCCAGAACCAAUGUAUCACCAGGACGUGACGCGACAGAAGUAUGGCGGGCACAUACCCUAUUAUCGCAGGCCCCUGCUAGAUGCUGAAUUCCAGCAGAUGACACAUGUUUUGCACAAUGUGGUGUUCCCCACAGCCCCGAGCUUCAUGAAGGAAGUAUUGAAUUACGAUGGGAACGGUCUAGCAGCGAUGAUCACAGCCCCUCACGGACUGAAAUCUGGGGACCGUGCUACUUGGCUAGUUCUGUUCCAGAAUGUAACUGGCUACUUUUUACAUCCGGUAGGACUGGAGGUGCUAUUAGAUCACAGCAGCCUGGAUAUCGACGAAUGGGCAGUGAAGAACGUGUUCUACCGUGGCCAGUACUACAGGGAUAUGGCACAGCUGGAGAGAGAAUUCACCGAGGGGCAUGUGCCCGUGGAAAUGAUCAGGAGAGUCCCAAUGGAUGGGGAUUUCUCCUCCCUGAAACCCCGAGUGCAGCCUACAGGACUGGGCCCUUUUUCAUACAAGCCUUCCGGGCCACGUUACAGUGUGAGAAACAACCAAGUUGUCUCUUCACUCUGGAGCUUUGCCUACAGGAUGGACAUCAGCAGGGGGCCGCGUCUGUUUGAUAUCCGAUUCCGCGGCCAAAGGAUUGUCUAUGAGCUCAGUGUGCAGGAUGCCAUGUCGGUCUAUGGCUCCAAUAGUCCCGGUGGGAUGUCAACUCGGUACAUGGAUGGGAGCUUUGGAAUUGGGAGGCUUACCCACUCCCUCGUACGAGGGGUCGACUGCCCUUAUUCUGCUACAUACCUUGAUGUUUGCUUUCUAGCUCAAGCCCAAAGGCCCACUGUCACUCGAGAUGCCCUCUGUGUUUUUGAGCAGGACGCAGGGGCUCCACUUCGACGGCAUUUCUCCAGGCGUCAGUUGCUCUACUACGGGGGUCUGCCUGCCACUACGCUGAUUUUGCGCUCUGUGACUACCUUGGGCAACUAUGACUAUGUCUGGAAUUUCAUGUUCCAUCCAAACGGUGGCAUUGAAAGCAAAGUCCAAGCCACAGGUUAUAUAAGCUCAUCUUUUCUCUAUGGUGAUGGAUUGGACUAUGGCAACAGGGUUGGGGACCACACUCUGGGAACAGUCCAUACCCAUUCUGUUGGCUACAAGGUAGACCUGGAUGUUGGUGCUUUUGCCAGACACAUCCAGUCACUGCGCAAAGCCGGGACGCCUGAUCCCUUUCUUGAGCCCGGGAGUCGCAGCCAGCAGACAGACAAACAAGCAGAGCUGCUGGGUAAGAGAGCGCGGGCGCUGAGCGCACACCCUUUGUCAGGAGGGGAACCGAAGCGCCUCGAUGUUAUCUAUCUGUGUCAAGUGACUAAUUACAAGGUGUUCCUGAACUAG